AUUCAGUAUAUAAACAAGACAUACAAAGAAAAAUGUCAGUAACAGUAAAUCAAAUACACUGUAUAAAAAUAAAAUAACAAGGCACAUAGGGUAUAAGGUGCUUCUCCUACAUUACUCUGGGGCUUCUGAAAAUACAUUUUUAAAGUGUAGCAGAGUGCGUUCACAUUUUUUAUUUGACGUCAACUCUAAAGAUUCUAAAUAGCAUUUUAAUACUCUUAUGAAAACGUUGAAGUUAGGGAGGGAUUUGGAAAACUUCACCUUGUGGAUGUGAAACUUUCCCAUCAGAAGCAUAAGAUUUGUUAUAAAGGAUACUUUUUUGUCAUUAGAUUCAUAUAUAAAUAUACUUAUUUAUUUUUUUAAUCUUCUCCCGUGGCGUCUUUCCGGUCUUCAGGGGCGUGUCCGUGGCCCCGCCCAGUUGCGCGUUCCCGGGAAUUUCCGUUUUCCUCCUUGAAGAGUGAAGCGGGUGCAUGUGUGUGCCAAGGAUUGCCUUGUCAUUGUAUCCAGAGAGAAACGCGUGGUCAGCGGCACCACCGACACACAGCUCCACUGCAACCCAACCGGUACAUGGUGGUGUGUAACGUCAGACUUUAAGGCCAGACAUGGACACUGAGAAGAGCGGCGACGUUUUAGACGUGUCGGAGACUCCACAGCAGGAGGAGACUGAAAUGCAAAAAGAGGUUGUGUCAAAAGUGGAGACACCAGAGGAUAUCACAGAGCCUGAGAAGCCACCAGCUGCCGUUGAAGAGGCCGAGCAGCUGGCAGUGAACGGCCAUGACACAGAAGUCAUAAACGUGAAAGAAACAGAGGAGUUGAUUGUGUCAGAAAUUGUUACGCUGUCUGAGGAGAAAACAGAAAUGGAAAUGGAGGAAAGCUUGCUGAAAGAAGAAUCUGAAAUGGAGGCAGAGGUUGGUGCGGUGGCACCACCAGAACCAGAUGAGUCAUCUGAAAAGAUCUCUGACCCAGUUGCAACUUUAGACACAGAACCAGAAAACAUCCAGCCUGUGCCAGAGAAUGACCCAGAACCUUUGCCUGUACAAACGCCUCUGGCCGAGAGUGCCCCUGAACCAGAGCCAGAGAAACUGGCAGAAUCAGUCCCACAAUCUGAGCUACAAGAGCAAACAUCACCUGAACCAACGGCGGUGCAGCUGCCAGUAGAUACACAGCCACCCAGCCAAGAGGAGAAAGUGUCAGAACAAGUGGAAAAAGAGGCAGAAUUACAGACUCCAAUGGAUACCAAGGAAGAAGCUGCUGCCAAAGAAGAGGUGGCAGAAAAAGAUGUUGCAGCCGAGCCUGCGAAGGAGACAGAAAAACCAGCAGAGACUGUGUUGGUGUCAGAAGAGUCCUCAGAUAAACAAACAGAAGUCGUGACAUUAAAGGAGGAGGCAUCAGCUGAAAUUGCAAAUGUGAAACCUGCAGAGGAAAAGAAAGAAGUUGAACCAGAAAAACCGGAGUCUGAAGCCUUGAAGGGAGCUGAAGCGGCAGCAGAAGGUGAGGCUGAACCUGAGAAAAACAAUGCAGAGAAAGAAGAGGAUGUAGUCCCUGCACCCGGCUCCCUGUCCUUUGCCCUCCUGGAACGAGAUCAGACCAAAGAUGCCCUGCGAUCCUGUCGUGCCCUUGUUAUCCUCCGAGGCCUUCCAGGAAGCGGUAAAAGCUUCUUGGCGCGCGCCAUCGCCGAGUCCUACAAAGACCACUGCUCUGUCGUCUGUGCUGAUGACCACAGUGUAAAACCAGAGAAUCCUGAAUCCUCUGCAGAAGGAUACAAGGCUCUGGAUGAGGCUGUGGUGGCCUGCUGCAGCGCCGGAGCAGCCUCCUCCGUGCUGAUGGUGGUGGUGGACGACACCAACCACACCCAGGAUCGGCUGGCCCGCCUGGGGGAGAUCGCUGAGCAACACCACCUCGCUGCCAUCUUUUUGGAGCCAAGUACCGAAUGGAGCAGAGAUCCGGCACAGCUGAGCAAGAAGACCAAACGUGGACUGGAGGAGGCCACGCUGGAAGCCAUGAAAGGUCAACUUGAGGAAAUGUCUCUUCCUCUUUACUUCGGCUGGUUUCUUCUGUCCUCCAUUCAGGACAAGGUCCGGUGCACGUCAAUGGACUUCCUGAAAACGCUGGACACCCUGGAGGCCUUCAAGAAACACUUGAUUGACUUUACAGGGAAAGCUGAGAAGGAGGUGGAUCUGGAGCAGUACUUUCAAGCAAAAGGAGCCCUCCAUUGCACUACAAAAUUCUGUGACUAUGGAAAGGCAGAAGGGGCCAAAGAGUAUGCACAGAAUCAAGCUGUUAAAGAUUUCUACGGUUCUGCAUUCGAGCUGUCGCUGACUGCUCUGUUUGUGACUCCCCGCACCGUCGGUGCCCGAGUGUCCCUCACCGAGGAGCAGCUUCAGCUGUGGCCGGCCGAUGCUGAAAAAGAGGCAGGGUCCGCCUCCCUGCCUCUGGGUAGCCGCGCCCACGUUACCCUCGGAUGUGCCGAGGGCGUCGAACCAGUUCAAACAGGACUGGAUCUGCUGGAAAUCCUGGCCCUGCAGCAGGAGGGCCAGCAGGGGGAGCCCAUCGAGGAGAUGGAGCUCGGCUCGCUGACCUAUUACGGCGAAGGAAGGUGGCUGCUCAGCCUCAGAGAGCCCAUCUGCACCCCCGCCUGCUUCUCCAGCUUCUACGGGCGCAAGGAGCUCCAGCCAACCAAAAAGGAAGCAGAGAAGAAAAAGAAGCAGAAGUGCACCAUACUGUAAAUGGCAGACAUGGGGAUGUGUGGCCGGGAUGACUGGUGAAUUAAAACUUAGGCUUACUCUGUGCAAGGUUUGUGUGUUUGUGCAGCAUUUAGGGUUUCACUUAUAGCCACCCUGAAUCCACAAGCUGUGUGCCUUUUUUACUGUUGAUUUGCACCACAACCCAAGAUGCCUUCAACCCAGUUAGGCUUGUUGUCAACGUUGUUCAGUAUCUUGUUUCACAUAUCUGUGCCAGAGUUGAAGAACCUGGCUAUUGGCUGAGAUAUUAGCUGCAGUUUUAGAUUAAGGUAGUGUAGCCUCCUCCCCACAGCUCCACAGUCAUCUAAACUUUAGAUUUCCUCUUUAAUACAUGUUGGUCAGUAUUCAGACGUGGAAAAAAUUAGGUACUUUCAUUGCAUGCAUCCCAGGUAUCCGCAUAGAAACACAUUUCAGCCCUGCUAAAAGAACCUGUGUCGCUUCAGCAGAAUUUGUCUGGUCUUUCUUUCGGCUUAGAUGCAAGUUAAAAAAAAGAUUAGCUUCAUUUUGUGCACGUGUGCGCUGCCUAGGAAGUAAUUGUUACAAUAGCAUAUGGGCCAAAGUUAUGUAUUUGAUUAAGUGUAUUAGAAUAAACGUCAUUUUUAGAGGACCUUCCUUUGUAAAAUCUUUGCACUGUGCAUAGUUUAAAAGGGAGAAUGCUGAUAAAUUUGGUAUUACUUUCAGCAGCUUGCACUUAGUACUAUCAAAUGCUGUGAAUCCAAUGUUUUGCAAUCUUUUCUACUGCGCAAGACUGCACCAUGAUACCUUUUAUUCUCUUUGAACAGCACUUCAUGUAUUGCAUUUCGAUUUGUAUCCUCUGUGACUGUAAUUUUUUUAAGGGCAAUUCCUACUUUGUGUAGCUCUUAUGAAUCACUAUUUUUGCACUUGUUUUGUACACUUAAUAAAAAAGAACAUGCUUUGCUCCAGUAA